AGCUGCGAGUCGGGGAGUGAGCUCUGUGUCAUUCCUCUCCUGAAUUGGGAACAUCUGUCCGGCCAAGUCCCAUCCACUGCCUGUGGGUCUAACAGUUGACGGGUGGGUGGAACAUUCCACUUCCAUGCAAGGUCCAUGCUGUUGGUACCCGGGUCCAGGAAACCUCCUUCUUCUGUGUUGGCUUGAGAACCAGGAACCUCAAGUUGUGUCUUCUGCCAGUGGCUUCUAAGACCAACGAUGGAGUGUCUCUUUAACCAAAAGCCGGUGGACAUCAACAAAUCAGCCGUCCGGAUGGCAAACAGCACCUACCCCUACGCCGACGUGCCCUCAGUUGGCCACCCAGAGAGCCCAGACGAUAUUUUAUACACCCGAUUUUACCGACUUUCCCUAGCGCUGAUGGUCAUCAAUAUCCUGAUUUUCCUGGUUGGAAUAGUACUGAACAGCUUGGCCAUCUAUGUGUUUUGCUUUCGGACAAAGACCAAAACGACAUCCGUUAUUUAUACCAUUAAUUUGGUGGUGACGGACCUGCUGGUCGGCCUCUCACUGCCCACGCGCAUCGUCAUGUACUACAGCGCGGGCAACUGCAAGUAUUGCUACUUUGUGCACAGCUUCACCUACUUUGUCAAUAUGUACUGCAGUAUUCUCUUCUUGACCUGCAUCUGCGUCGACCGCUUCAUGGCCAUCGUACAGGUGGAGGCCUCUCGGCGGUGGCGCAACCCCAACUACGCCAAACUGAUCUGCAUCUGCAUCUGGAUCUUCGCCAUCGUUGUCACCUUCACCAUCUUGACGACCACCAUAAACCACCCGUCCUGUUGCCUCUUUCAGCUUUUCUCCCUGACGGCCUUUGAGUACUUUGUGCCUCUGAUAAUCAUCACGUUCUACACCCUACGGAUCAUGUGGGCCUUGUCUAGAUCGACGCUGAUGAACCAGAGCCGGGAGAGGCGCAUGAAGGCUGUGCAGCUCCUCAUCACCGUCCUCAUCAUCUUCACCGUUUGCUUCACGCCGUUUCACGUAAGUCAGGUGAUCCUCUGCAUCAACUCCUCCAUUUCUCUGGAUGUCAAUAUUGUGGUUUAUCAUGUUACCGUCACCCUGAGCAGCCUCAACAGCUGCAUGGACCCCAUUGUCUACUGCUUCGUCACCAACAACUUCCAGUCAACCAUGAGAAGCAUCUUCAGGAAAUACCAGCCGGAGCCAAUCAGUGUAGACAUAGUGAACCUUCACAAGACCCCCAAAGGGUCGGGCACCAUUACCACCAUAUCCAACGCCAUAGUAAGCCUCCCCCUACAGAGCAGCACCCUCAUAUAGGCGUCGGUUUCUCUGGAAAUGACAUUUGAAGGCCUGACACCCUCUUUGUCUGAACUUGCCCCUGAGCUGACAGUCGCUGAGGGUUUGGGGGGGAGGGGGGCAGAUAAAAGUCUAUGCAUUCCAUAGAAUGAUCCUUUGCCUAUGGACCUGGAAAGGUGGGACGUAACGAUGAUAUCUUUCAUAGUUUUCUUUCUAAUACUUUUGUAUCUCACUGCUUACUUGCCCCAUUUUAGCCUGAAUUGCAAUAAAUUAUUGUAUCGAAACUGAAA